AUGGGAAAAGACGCAAAAGCGGGAGGGAAGGGUAAAGGAAAGCAGGCUGCAAGUGGAAGUGAUGAGAAUGCUUCCAAGGGAAAAGGAAAAGGUGGGAAAGCUGCAGAUGGACUUGGUACUUGCACUUAUGUCAAAGCAAGACAUGUCUUAUGUGAGAAACAAGGUAAGAUUAACGAAGCCUACAAGAAGCUGCAGGAUGGUUGGCUUAGCAAUGGAGAUAAGGUUCCUCCGGCAGAGUUUGCAAAGGUAGCUCAAGAAUAUUCUGAAUGCCCAUCGGGAAAGAAAGGUGGAGACCUUGGAUGGUUUCCACGAGGAAAGAUGGCUGGCCCAUUUCAGGAAGUUGCCUUCAACACACCUGUUGGUGCUACUAGUGCUCCUUUCAAAUCAACGCAUGGCUACCAUAUUAUCUUAUCUGAAGGAAGAAAGAACUGA